GAUUUCGAGCGAUUCCUCGGCGUCCUGUAUCCCGCCGCAUUUCAUCAACAUACCGCUACUACUUUGGACGAAUGGACGUCAAUUUUGGCGCUCUCGACUCAAUGGGGCUUCGACAGUAUCCGACUCCUAGCGAUCAAAGAGGUCUUGCCCCUGGCGUCUCCUAUCGACAAGAUAGUCCUGGGCCACAAGUACGAUAUCCAGGAAUGGCUGCCAGACGCCUACCAUGCCCUAUGCGUGCGGAAGGACCCUCUAUCCGACGAUGAAGCGGAACGCCUGGGUGCCAAGGACACGGCCAGAGUCGCCAGAAUCCGCGAG